AUGCUGGCUCUCCAUUUGGGGAGCACCGAAAAAGGGCAUUUUUUUGGGCAAGGCGUCUCUUACACGCCCGCCGUCGCCUCGAAGGUCCUCGCUCCGGCGAGCGGAAAGGGGGCUCGCGGCGCGGCCUCGUCCGCCACCGUCUGCCUCGCCGCCGCCACGGCGUGCCUCACCGGCGCGGCGACGGCGGCGGCGGGCCUCUCCUCAAUCUGGUUGGGGGUGGUGGUUGUGGGCGUGAGCCACUCCGUUCGACGCUGUUCCCGCUCCGCCUCCGUCUGCGUCGCCUUUGCCGCCAUCCUCUUCUUCAACGGCGUAGCCCUGCUUGGUGCUUGCGGCCUGUCCACGGGCGAUCUCGUUGCACCGUUUUCGACUCCCGAGCCCACGCCGGACUGCCCGCGGAGCCCAGCGGUGCACGUUGUCGUCCACGGGCCAAAGGACGAGUCCAACACCUUCCUUACUAUUCUUACCAUUGUCUGCGGCACCGCCUGGCUGCUAGCGGUAAGCGGCGCGGGACCUCCAGCUUUCUCCCGCUCCAUCGCCGUGAUUAUGGAGGUCGCUUGCGUCGUCGCUCGCAGCCCCCUGAAGACGUUCCUCGCGGUCCUCACAACGGGUCACUGCGGAGUGGAUGCCAGUAGUCCGAAGCCCAAUGCGAACGACCAGCCCUUGAUCACCGCUGCAUUCGUCCCUUCGACGCCCUCAAACCUGCGCAUCGCCUACUGCCUGGCGCUCGUCGGCACGCCCACCGUCGCGAUGGCCGCACAACACCUCGCCGCCAUUUCUCUCCUGCGCCAAACCGGCACGAAUAAGGACGUGCUCAGCAUGCAAUCGCCCAACAGCAUUCCGAUGCUCGGCGACGCGCUCAGGACUCUCGACACCAAGGUCGUAUUUGUCUCAAACGUCGAAGGCAAGUGCCAGUCCUCGGCCAAAAAGUCAAGAUUCCGCUUCAGCUUCUCGUUCCGCAUCCUUCGAGUCUAUGAGCAGACUCAGUACGACAAGAUCCUCUACCUUGAUGGCGACCUCGCAGUACGCACGUCCCCAGACCGCUUGGUGGAGGCAUGGGCCCGCCGAGGAACGAUGGAGCUGCGCACGCCUGUUGGGUGCAGCCGCGUCCCCGACCAGAUGCAUUACAACACUGGCGUCUGGGGCAUCACGCCCUCACGCGACUACGCCGCCGGAUUGUAUCCUUGGCUCGCGGCUGGCAAGUUCCCCUGUGGCAUCGGAUUUCAAACUUGGGUGACCAUUUACGGGGCCAACAAUACCUGGACCAAAGGGUCGCUCGCGUGGAACCUCAAGGCCGACCAAGGCGUGAGCAAGUGUAUGCGGAAAUUGGGCCUCAAAGAGGCCCACGUGGUGCACUGGUCCGGUAAUAGAAAGCCCAUAGGCCUUCGUACGGACGAUCCUGUCGAGGCGAGAGCUCUCGCUGCGUAUCAAGCGGCUCACUUGCGCUGGCUGACAUUCUUGGGCGCACCAGCCACAGCCUCCGAAACGUUAGCUGGUGAGGUGCCGCUGCUGUCGCCAGAGACGCCAACCGAGGAGGCGUUCCCAUCUUCUGCGGCAUCGCCCGAGGGCGACAGCGGCAAGGGAGCGACCCUAGGGCGCUGUACCGUUGUGGUGCACUGCUACACCGGCCUCGCCGAUCGCAUCUUCGAUGUCAUUGCGGGCGUGGUCGCGGCACAGCUGGCGCACGGCUGUGUCGUGCCGACUGUGCACGUCGCCGACCGAGACGCGAGCCGCACGUACGAUUGGGACCGCGUGCUGAGCUCGCCAGAGUUCCUCGUGCGGAAGCAGCGCGACCCGAUGCCGUUGAAGGGCGGACCCACAGCGCAGGCCCUGCACAUCGACGGCAGGCACUUCUGCGGGCAACAUGGCGUGGGGUGGGUGAGCGACGUUCUCCAAGAGAGCGGCCGCGUAGCGUCCGACUCCGAGCAGCGUGCACGGUUCGUGCACGUGGCGCGUAGCGUGGGCCUCACGCCGUGCUUUCCGCCGGCCGAUAUUGCCGACCGCGUCGGCGUGCACGCGCGCCGUGGCGACAAGAUCAAACUUGGCUGGACGAGCGAGAAGAAGCUUGCCAAGGUGUACACCGCCGCCAUCGCGUGGCUGCUCGCACACGGCGAGCGAAAGGUCUACCUGGCGGCGGAUGAGCCGAGCUUUGCCGCCAAGCUCGCGGAGCGCAUGCGCAACGCUCACAUCGACGUAGUGCACGACGGGCAGGCCAGCGCCGCCUCCGACCUGUGUGCUCUCGCAAAGAGCAAGCUCGUGGUGAAGGCGGGCUCCGCGUCGCAAUUCUCGUCGCUCGCCGCGGCCAUCUCCGGAGCGCCCAUGGUCAGCUUCGCCGACCGGCGCGGCCGCAACCUCGACCGCGUGUGGAAGAGCGCCGGCCUACUUACCAACAUCACGGAACUCGAUCCCGAGGCCGAGACGGGAGCGCCCGGGGUUUCCUGGAAGAAUUUAACGAAUUGGACGACGUCGCCAACAUAG